GCAAACUUUGUGGUAUUUAUUUUUUCAGUUAGUUAGUGUUUUUUUCAAUGCAUUUGAUUUUCUCAUCAUCAUCAUCAUCAGCCUAUUAACAUUAUUAGCCCCAGCCCCAUUAGACAUCCCCACUGCUGGGGCACAGGACUUCCCAGUGGAUGGAAUAGGGAGAUUGGGCCAUGACCCACCACGCGGGCCCAGUGCGGAUUGGUGGGUGCUAAAGACUGCAGAUGCAGUCGGGACCAACGGCUUAACGUGCCUUCCGAAGCACGGAGGAGCUCGAGAUAGUAAUUUCUGGUCACCCAUCCAAUGACCGACCACUGCGAAAGUUGCUUAAGUUCAACGAUCGCAGCCGAACGCGCCAACCACUUGCGCCAUCGAGCUCCUCUUUGAUUUUCUACCUACUUACUAUCUAUCGACAGAAAAUUAUUAUUGUCGAAGAAGUUAACAGGGUCUUUCAUUUGUUACUUUCAGAGAAUAUUCACUUGCAUUGGAUUUCGACCCUUAAUAGAGUUUUCUCCUUUUUAAUAAAUCUAGACGAUCUCGAGCGAUUACCUGCAGAACACUUUCGGCAGGUAAUCUACAUCUUCUGCGAUUGCAAUCAAUUCAUCACAUUAAUGGCGGUACGAUACAUUUAUUUUGGUGAGGCCGGUUGGUGAUGGUAUAAUAAUCUAUAUUUUUCUACUUACUUUUUCAAGUCAUACGUCGAGUCCUUUUCUCCUGGAUACAGCACGUCCGUAAGUGGUAUGUAGUACGGUUUUUCCGGCUUUACGACAAUGCUUUCUGAUACAAUAGACAUGUGUUGAUAAACACUCUCUUCCAUUUCGUAUUCUUCGACGUCAAAUUCAUUGUUUUCUUGCUCGCUAUCUUUGCUUGUUAAAGGUACGACUUUGACAGUCGCACUUUUUAUUGAUUGAUUGCGGAUAUGCUGGUGUUCGGUAUGACUGUUGGUGUCUUCUUGCAUCUCACCUUUUCGUAUAAACCUUGAAUAAAAUUAAGCUUAUCAGUGCAUUUUGUGUAAAUGCCGUAAUUGAGUAAGAUUGAUUUAUUGGCUGGUAAACUUCCAUGGAUGAUAGAGGUUUUUGGACAUAUUAAUUUUACCAGACAGAUAAAUAACGAAACUUUGUAGAAUAAUCUGUGUUAAUUAAAAUAUAUGUAAUUUUUAACCUUCGAGUACGGUGAAUAUUUCCAACUUCUCCGUGACCGCCUUCUUCCAAGAUUUCCUCCGACUCCCCCAAUAAUUCGUUUUCUAGACGUUGCACAAGUUUUAACUCGGCUUCCAAAAAUACUCUUUGGAUUAAAGUCUAAAAUAAAACAUUGCACGUUUACGGUAGUCAAUAUAUUAUGAUCUACCUAACAAAGGACCACUAGUUCUGACUACAAUGAUGCAAAAUACGUAUAUUGGUUGGCAAGAUAUACACCUGUAUAGCUUAUAAAUGAGUGUAUUCUAAUAUGAAUAAAUCUGUAGAAAUAACUAAAAUAUUAAAUUUUCUUAAUAACUGAACUAAAAAUGGUAUUUAAAAUGCUAUUUACCUCUAUCAAUAAUUCACCUAAUGAAUACAAGUCCUCGAUGUGUCCAUGGAUAUACUCAUUAGUGCUUUUAUUUACAGUGAUGUCAUGACAUUCCAUGUUUAAUAUACCAGCCUUGUAUAUGGUGAUUUCGGAAAUUGGCGAUUCGUACCACGUGGGUUCUUUUUCGAUUCUAUCGAGCGUCUUUUCACCUUCAAUGAGCACCCCAAAAGCUACGUACUUGUGAGCCAUCCAAGGAGCGGGUUGGAGCAGUACAAAGAAUUGAGUAGAGCAAUCAACAUGCCUAUAGAAUUGUGGAGGUAUUGGUUCAUUAAAUAUGUUUAAUAUUUAAAUUAAAUUGAUCUUUUUGCUUGAAUUGGAGAGCGUGUCUGGAGAAGGAACCUGUACCUUACAAAAGACCAAAGUAGUAAAAGUUUACGGGGUAGAGAAAAAGUUAUAAACCAGCAAGGUAUUUGGUAUAAGGUAUGUGACUGGAACGAUAAAUUUGUCUGGCGCAUCUUCGCAAGUGGACUCUACUUAUAAGUAGGUACUUAAGAUCAAGUAUUUUGCAGUGUUCACUCUGACUUCACAUGAAAUAUGUAUUGGUUAGGUAGAAGUGUACCUACAUAAUAUUACGUAUGUUUAGACCACAGAACAGAAAAAAGUUGUUUUGAUUCGCAAGCACUAUCUACUAAAACAUGUUUCGGGUGCGAUAACACCUCAUCAUUUCGGUGAGUGGUGUGUACGCCGGGUUUCAAGGUGUCGCCAACUUCGAGGUGCCGGUCUCGGUAUUUUUGAGUGUUUGAAUGAUGAUUACAAGCAUUUAUACCACAGUUAAGGAUAUUUUUAUGUUUUUCUAGAUAAAUAAACUUUAAUGUGUAUCAGUUUCAUCCGUUACCUAACGUUAUACCUACCCUAGGGCUAGGCUGAUUGGUGUAAGUGGUAUAAUUUUCUUUUUGGAUCUGUGGACACAAUUCAAAAAUUUGAUAUGAGUCAGUGGACGAUUAAGUAGGUGCUAAACAAAAACAAAAUUCUAUAUUUAUCUUACCCAGGGGUCCCCGAUCUUUUUUGUCCUGGAACACCAAAAUUGAGGACAAAAAAGAUAGGGCCAAAAGAAACAAUUGAACCGAAAAAAAUGCAAUUUGUAAAGAAGAAUAGAAUUUUUUGUAAGUCCUGCUAGGUAAAAAAUGCUCCGUCUGUGCUGAUUUUGAGUAUGAUAUUUUAAGGAAAAGGAUGAUAAUAAGUAGGACCUGCCAUCAUUCGCCAUACACAGCACGCCUCGUCUAUCAUGAGGGACUAUGAAAUUUUCACAUUCCAAAUCGACACUCUUUAGGCCAAAUCCACCGCAUUGAAUCCAUCCAUCUGCCACAAUCCUAUGGAUCGGAGUACCACUGUAGCCACCUUUAGUUUGGUUGCAGAGUCGCAAGAAGUUAUCACAGGUGUAGGGUACCAAAUCGGAAUACAACUAAAAUAAGUUAUUGAUAAUGUUUAGGGAAGUUAGUAGAUUUUAUUAAAUAUAUAUAGAACUGAGUAUAGUAGAUAUACUACUUACCAUAAAAAUCAUAGUGCCAAUAUGUUCUUUAUUUAUAGAAAUAUGCAUGUACGCGCAAGGUCUCUGGAAUAAUUUAUUCAUCUAUGAGACUUAUUUUUAUACAAAUACCUAAUGACGUAGCGCCUCAGCCCUAGCAUGAGCACCGCGAUAUGAUGUAUUACUCGUUUUUAUCACGAUCAAGUGUCAAAUUACUAUGGAGUUUGACAGUUAGACGCGAUAAAAACACAGUAAGACAGGCAAGCAUCACGGUAAGACAUUAAUUUUAUUUUAUUUUCAUUGUUUUUACAUUGAUCACUGGUAUAGGAAUUACCCUUUAAUUUAGUACCUAAUCGUACUCUUCCUCUUCUUGACAGUCAGUGACAGUUUAUUGCAAGGCUCUGGGCCAGGGAAAGUCGUGCUGACUGAGUGGAUUGGCGGGGAGGGGGGGGGGGGGGGGAGGUGUCCCACAGUAACCCUGUAUAUUCAGCACGUUGCUCUAAUGUGUCUAUAACGACAUAAAUCUAUAUAGGUACCUACGUAUACUUCAUCAACUUUGAAGAUAAAAUUCAAAUUGCCAAUCACAACAAAUUAAAUUACAUUAAUAAGCUUAAAAAGAGACUUACGCCAGAAGAUCUUAUGUAGGUGGCAAAGUUUGCGACAGCUUCGUUGUAAUAAUUCAACUGCAAGUGGUAAAUGUAUUUCGAUUCGAUCAGCUCCUUCAACUCUUUCUCGCCGCCAAGAAUGGUGUCGUUCAUAAGUACAGCAACGCGUGAUUGGAGGCAGUGAGUCAGCCCACCAUAUUUGACCUUCAAAUUGUGCCAUAUCUCGGGCCAUUCCACAGAAGUCACACCUAAGCAGAUAAUUUUCAUAAACUUAGGAUACAAUUGUUGUCUGUUCAUUGGGGUGGGUCCGUUCGCGGACAAUCACCUUGUGGGUGAGGGGCUGGUCUUAACUCACGCAUUCGACUUGAAGUGCGUACCGGGUGACCGGUGCAGGAGUAUCGUCUGGUUUUUACUGGGGAGAGCCCUGCUCAUUUCAUCAAGCUGGGUGAAUCGAGUAGGGGAGGAGUCCGCUGAUACCUUCUUCUUGCUUCCCCGGUGGCUGAGAACGGGUAAGCGAACCGACAUAUUCUUAUUUAAAUUAAAUGGUCAAUAAAUAUAUUAUAAUUAGGAAAAAUUAAGGCACCUAUCUUGUUUUUGUCAAGUAUUAAGUACAACAUGACUUUGAAGAAACAUGCAUUAAUACUAUAAAAUAAUAUAAAAAAUAUUCUAGGUAGCUACUGGCGUAGCAUGAAAUGUGCAAAAGUCCGACGGUAGAUAUGGAAAAGAGAAGCGUCGCUGAUGUACCUAUAAUAUAAACAGCGUCAGAUUACCAAAAAAAACAAUUUCUUUAGUGGAUUCUAAACUUGAUAACGGACCCAGCGCGGAUUGGUGGGUGACAAUGGACCCAGUGCGAAUUGGUGGGUCAUAAUGGACCCAGUGUGGAUUGGAGGGUGAUAAAAGAUCCAGCGCGGAUUGGUGUUUUGUUUUCUAUCAACAAAUCUGCAUGUUUAGUUUAUGAUUUUCGGAUCAUUGGAGCUAAAGAAGUUUCACUUCAGUUGUGUGGUUAUAAGCACACUCGUUUUUUUUACUAUAAGCCUCCACACGAGCGCACUAGAAGUUUAAAAAAAAAACAUUAAAUAAAUUUACUUUCCUUAGUAAAAUCAUCACCACUUUGACAAAUAACAUACAAUAGUUUUUUUAACAGUUUAAAUAUCUAAAGUGUACCUCUUAUUUCAGGGACAUCGAAUUUUUUCCAUCUGUAUUUAUGCAAACCACUCACUAGAUUAACGCAGUAAAUAAAUUCUUUUGUGACUCUAUCACCAAUAACACGGAAUUUAACGAUAUUUUCAGGAGUAAGCUUUUUCUUUUUCAUUGGGUAAUGAGGGUUAUUUACGGAAUUGUGAGCAAAUUUCAUUUUAUCGCAAUGCACAUCCUUGAUAAUUUUUUCCCAUGGAUGACUUGCUAUCUGCUUUUCUCCAACCGGAGGUUUCAUAUUAAACAACGUCGACAUAGAUCCCUUCUAUUAAUUUCGUAUAUGUUCAUUAAUUUCCAUUAAUUUUAAACAAAAUUGAAAGUUUAUUUUAAAAUCUCGUUAAAUAAAUUGUCAGUUUCAUUAAUUUUGACGAUUUUGAUGAUAAAAUGAUCUGUUAUCUGAUCUCCAUGGACUUAUCUCUUUUUUCUCAGAUGAAUAAUUAAUGUAUGCUCUUUUUACUUGCAUUGACAUGAAAGUUAGUAUAAGUGUGAGGUUUGAAAUUUCAUCAAAAUUGGUACAGCAGUUUAAAUGCGAAGAAAGAUAGACACAAUUUCGCAUUUAUAAAAGUAGCAGGAGUAUGGAUAUUGUACUUGUUUCCUAAAUUUUUGCGCACACUAAUUAAUUAUUUAAUAAAUCAAUGGUAUCGAUUCUGACAUGAAUCUCUAAAUCUAAACUUAAACUAGACAACAGUAUAUGAUACUGAUGCUAAAUUUAGUUAAAAUAUUAGAGAAUUAUGCCAGAAUCGACACCAAUAUUAAAACGAGUACGAGGCGUAUUUUAAAAUAUUCUUGCCAUGGUCACAAUGAUUCUACCUAAUUUGCAUUCACUUCGAAGUCUAUUGAUGAUAGCUUGGAAAAAAAUACUUUUUUUUAAGGAACGAAAUAAUCUCUCUACCACAACAUGAGUCCUAAACCUAAAUACACAUAGUUUUUGCCUCACCAGAAAAAAAAACCCUAUUACCAUGGAACAUGCUUUAUGCUGACGAUAUUGUACUGGCAACCAAUAAUGCGCAACUACUACAAGAACUUCUGAACACGAGGACGCAGGCUUUGGAGGCGCAUGGCUUACGAGUUAGCAAAAGCAAAACGAAGUACCUUAAAUGCUUCUUUACCGGAGACAUGUAGAACGAAACUGUCUAUUGGACGCACCCCAAUCCCUAAAGCUGACAAGUUCAAUAUACUUGUGCUCUAUAUUUAAUCCUGAUGCUAAUGUCGAUGAAGACGUCACCCAUAGGGUAAAUGCUGCAUUAAUGAAAUUGAGAACACAGAACACUCGCUGGAGUACUUUGUGAUUCUUGUAUGCCUAUCAAAACAAAGGUUAAAGUAUAUAAAAUCACAGUCUGCCCAUCGCUAUCAUAUGGAUCCAAAUACUGGACCGUAAACAGUAAAAAAGAGUCAUGAACAGAAAAAAGCAUGUCACCGAAUUCAAAAUGCUGAGGUGGGCUGGCAUUGUGAUGAGACAUGGUAAAAUGUGCAACGGUACGAUUAUAUACGAGGCAGAUUUAAGGUAGAUGUAGUUUAAGGCGCUUUGCAGACGACGGGGCGGGGCGGGCCGGUCAAUUUAGCCGCGAAUAAUAGCACAAAGUGAAUCCUAUACUUCAAACGCACACAGAGGGCAAAAAGACCGCGCCGCAGGUGCCCGGCGGGCCGUUGCGGCGCGGCAUGUCCGCGGCUGCCCGCCGUGGAUCAUACAAACCAGUUUAUAUGCAGUAACGCAGACGGCGGCGCGGGGCGGUCAGCUCAGUCCGCGCCACGCGCUUAUUAGUGAUGGACUAUUCACUAGAACUAGGGUUGCCAUCUCUAAAAUGUGGCAACCAGGAUAAGACGCGUGAUAACCCGGAUUUUGGAGCCCAGGACCCGGACAGACCAAUAAAAAACAGUUAAAAAUGUCACAAAUCAACUUUUUUAUGUUGAUCUAGGCUAAAGAGCUAGCGGUCUACCUUAUAAUAAGUGGUUACUGCUGCCCAUGGACAAUUGCAGCACCAAGGGCCACUCAUGCGUUGCCGUAAAUUUUUAAACCCGGACUACAAAUAAACAAACCCCGCCCGGCCGCACCCCGGACGCCCCGUAAACUAGGACAAAUCCGGGAAAACCCGGAUGGAUGGCAGCCCUAACUAUAACGAACGUCCUGAACUGACCGCCUCUGCCCGUCGUGUGCUUUGUUUUGCGCGUGCAGCCGCAGACAUCGACGGGCAGACGCGGUCUUUAUUGCUUCGCGGACAAAAUGCCCGCCCCGCCCCGUCGUCUGCUCAACGCUUAAAGGUCAUAGCGCACGUCCGGUGGGCCACGCCCGCCCCGCCCGAGACAGAGCGUGUAGGCACGACACGUUUCUCGCGUGCGAGCAGCGGGUGGUCACCGCGGUGUCCACACGCCACCCGGGCGUGGACAGCUUGCGAGCGUUGCGAGUUGGUGUAGUGAGCGCAUCCCCCUAGAAAUCCAUCCACAGAAUAUCAACUGCGCACGCCGAAGCGUACUGGUCGGGUGCCGGGUGGUUCAGGUGCGCGAUGACCUUUAAUGUUGGCCCAAUUAAUGCAACACUCACUGAAAAUCGAUUCUGUUGGUCAAAAACAUGUCAAAAACUGGAGUGAAAUCAUGAUUAUACAGAUUGCAUUGAAAAUUACUGAGCGUAAGAAAGGCAGAGGACGCCCGCCACUGACAUGGAGGUCAAUCGCCUAAAGGGAUUGGUAUGGCUAUCGCUUUCGCUUGCAUUUUCAUUUUGUUAUUACUGACCGCCGAAGGUUUUCAAAUACCCCGCGCACUUUUUUACUUUUCUAUUGGUAACAACAAUAUAUUAGAAAAUGAGCGUAAGGUAUUCGAAAACCUUCUGCUAAGCUAUAGCUAUAGCGAUAGCCAUAGCACUUCCGUUAGGCGAUUGACAAGAACACUUAUAAGUCCAUUUUUAUAUAAAUAUUACAAUGAUUUAAACAGCAUUAUCAAACUAAAUAGAAAUAAUCUUAAAACUGCACAUCAAAAAAAUUUUAAAAACGCUAGAUUAUAAAAAUAGAGAAACGAUAUUCAAUAUAGUAAGAUAAACAUUAUAAGAUGCACACACGCACGCAUACACACAUAAACACACAUAACAAACUCCUUUGGCUAUUCCAUUGAAUUGUUAACUUAAGAACAGUUAUCUGGAUUAAUAAAUUUUUUACUAAAUGGUACACAACUUUAUGAAUAGGGUGGAGGGUUGAUUACCCGAGACACAGGAUUCAUUCUAGUUCAGGUGUCAACCCACCAUAAUCUGAUCAAUACGUACCUUUUAUUUUUGGUAAAAAAAAUGCAUGCUUUUUAUAUCAUUGUUUUUAUGUAGCCAUUAAUACCAACAUUGUGAACAUUGUGAUUAUGGUGAGAAAUAAAGGUUAUUAUUAUUAUUAUUGACCCCCUGGUGCAAGGGAGUGAUGAGAGUAGGAGACCCAAAAAAGAGAGCAAGGAUGGACGAUAAAGAUAAAUGGACAGCCAUGACUUGAGCACGAAUACAAACAUAUUUCGAGUGCGGUUGGGCUCUGAAAAAGUCAGUUAAUAGUAGAACUGUUUUGGCAGAACCUGAAAAAUAUUUUUUUUAAGUAAAGUGCAAGGAGAACUGUAUUGUUGUGCUGACUCUCUAAUAUAAGCUCAUCGAGAAAGCCGACUCUUUGCAUUUUGACCAGAAAACUGAGAAACAUAAGAAUGUUGUACUGCACACCCGCAUUGUAAUCAAAAACAAAGAAGAAAAAUAUUGAUUAAAGGCAAAAGUAACUAAGUUCUUACAGUCUCAUGUUGACUGUAAGAACUUAAUAACUUUUGCCUUUAUAAAAGAAAAAUCAAAAAAAUAAAAGUUAAAUGUCAAUGUCAAUAUCAAUGGAGCUGUCACAAUAGGUACUUAAACUGAAGAUGGAUUAGAAAUACUAUUUAGGACAAAUAUCUUAUGAUUGAAGAAGUGGCUUCGGCCUUAUAGAAAAAAGAAACAAAAAAAAUCCUUUGAAUGAAGACAUGCAGCCAUCUGCAUGGCUCUGCCUUUGCCUUUCCCAAGAUGGGAAGAAAAGAUAAAAAAAUGGAGCUGUCACUGUCAGAUCCUGUUUUUGAUUUGUAGUAAAUGAAAUAGGAAAGAAGAUAAAUGAAAUUUUACAAAUAGAACUUAAUCUUACCAAAAAUAUUCAAUGAAUGUUAUGAAAGAUUCUAUAACACAUAAAAACGUCGAAACAAUUUAAAUAAAUAUAAUUUUAAAGUAACAGGAGAAAUGGAAUCAAACUGUUCUCAGAGUUUCUCUCUCUUGAGUGGGGAACUUUGUAAUUUGCUUUAUGCGAAAGAACACAACCAAUCUAAAAUUAAUAUGUUGAUAGAUGAACUCAACGCACAACCUUAUAAAUACGGAUUAUUUGUGCGUAAACAUGAUGCUUCUACAUUAGUUACUGCGUUAUAUGUAAAUAUUAAACCUACAGAUGUGUUUCUAGUAGCAAAAGUGACACAUUUAAUAAAUAACAUUUUAUCAAAACAAAAUUUGCGAUUUGAUUUAAAUUGCCUGGGAAAAGUCGUUUCUUGGCACAUUCUAUGUCUAAAGGAGUCUUCGGAUAUAAUAAUGCCUGAUAUACUACAUAAUCUGCAAUGUCUUCUACAAUUAAAUGCAGAAUUAGGCACACAGUUUUCAGAAGAACUGGUUGGGCCAAACGGUGUUCUAACAAAUUUGAUUGAUAUUGAUAAGAAUAACAAGUUAAGUCCUCAAAAUCGACUACAGAUCUAUUUAACUGCAUUGAAAUCAAUAAUUUGUUCUGUGAAUACUGAAGAAUGUGGUGUAAGUGAUGAGGGAAUCUCCACUGAUUUGAAAGAAAGGAUCUCACAGAUGGUUGUGAAACUUUUAAUGAAAGGUUUCAAUAAGUCAGAUGAUGAAUUUUUAUAUUGCAAGGUUGUUAUUGCAGCAUUAAAAGUACUGUCGCAACUAUAUUUCAAUGACUCAAAAGUUUUAAUUCCUUUGCCAGAAAUAAUGGGCAUCUGCCGAUAUUUUAUACUAUAUGGUCUUGUGAACCAAGGGAACAGACCUGAAAAAAUAUUGCCAGCUCAACAGACUGUUGCUGCUAAUCCUGUUAAAAUUAACCCUAAAGGGGGAAAGAAACAGAAAUUAAGAAAACAAAGAAACAAUGCCAUAGAAAGUUUAAAAAAAGAGAUUCCAGUGUGUGAUCGAAGUUUGAUGAAAGAUGUUGGUAAUUUUGAGAAUAAUUCUACAUACAAACCAGCUAGCAAGAAUUACCUUGAACCUCAGGAAGCUAAGAACUGUUGGGCCCUUACCAGUGACUCAGAUAUGUCAGAUCUGGAAAGUAACAAAGAUGCUAAACUAAUUGCACUAAAGUCAAGAGUUAGACAGAGUUCCUCAAAUUUGUUCCUUGUUUUGAUUAAGAUGACUGAGAAGAAAGAUAUGUUUGGGUACUGGUGGGCUCUUUUUCCCGAUUCACCCGACAAUGACAGUUGGUACAUGGAUGAAGGUGCUAAGAAAACUUUAGCAUAUUGUGCCGUUACCGAUCCUAUAGCAAGCAGCAGGGCCAGUGUAUUAAGCGUCAUUCUGACUUUUCUGUCAGGCUCAAGAGUAUACUUGUCGCAAGCUGAAAGCAGCAAAAGGGAUGUGACAUCAUUCAUACCGUUCUCAGUGUCGCUCGGCUAUAUGAUCACGUGCAUGCAUAAAGUUCUGGUCAGCGUACUGGACAGCGAACGUAGUCACGCCGUCAUUAUAGUCGCGCUGAAAUGCUGCGCGGCACUCGUUCAAGCGACGCCGUACCAUAGAAUGCAAGGAGGCCUUAUAAGGGAAUUGAUCAGGUCCACCAGGAAGUUCCUGGUUCAUAGAGAUGUCACUCUGCAAGUUGGGAGUUUAAUAACAAUGGGGUGUGUUUUAUCAAUAGACCCCAAAGUUGACGAAGUAUUGAAAGCCAUAGAUAGAGAUUUAAUCACUCCAAAAGCACCCAGCCCAGCUAAAAGCUCUAAGGCAGCUGAUGAUGAAUGUGAUGAUUUCGAAGAAGGAUAUUCUGAUGAUGAAAUGUUCGUGGAGAAUGAGGCUAAAGUUGAAAACAUUGAAAAGUCCGAUUUAAAAUCAUGGAUAUUGAAUAUAUGCUUUAAGAAUAUGGGGUGGAUAUUUAGAGGAAAGGAAGUAUCGAGAUGCAAGUCGUCUGCUAUUCCCGUGAUUCUCGAGUCGCUUCAAGUGCUCUCGGCGAUUGCGUUCCACCACUUUUCAGAGCUCCUUGUUAGCCAUUUGGUAUUGUUAACCGAAAUAUUGAAAGAAUUAUUAGAGCAUGAGCAUCAAGACGUGGUCCUGCAAGCUGCUAAGACUGUAAGCAUUAUCGGUGACGCGCUUCAGAAGUUAGAACAAACCGAUCAACCCCCGCCGUUGCCUCAAUGCGUACACAUGUGGGAGGGGCUUCUGCCGCCUCUCUCUAAAGUACUGCAGAGUUAUGGCAACUCUUCAGCGAAGGCGGCUGCCUGCGACUGCAUCGCCAAUAUAGGGGAGAAGUCGUUCAAGGAACUGCCGAGGCGAUUGCAAAUAAUCUGCUGCACUCUGCUGUUUGGUUCGUGCUCCGAUGAAGAGGCUAUGGUGCGCGCAGCCGCGGUGCGAGCACUAGCUAUGGCUGUGAUGUUCCGAACGUUGAGAGAGGAUAUAUGUUUCGUAAGCGAUUGUGGUGAAAAUGUGCUGAGAGUAUUGGCGGAACCUACUUUAAUGGUGCGGACGAAAGCUGCGUGGGCGCUGGGAAACUUAAGCGACGCGCUGGUUCUAAACAUGGAGGAACCGGAUCUGGAGUGUGUAGACGAUGACCUGUUACUUCGACUUAUGGAGGUCAGCGUACAGUGUGCCGGGGACAACGAUAAGGUCAAAAUGAGUGCGAUGCGAAGUAUCGGCAAUUUUCUUCGUCUAAUCAAAAACGAACACAUUCAGUUUAAUCAGCAAAUGAAGACUCUAUGCGAGACUGCUAUAGGGAAGCUAUUGGACUGCGCAUGCAAAGUGACCAAUAUGAAAGUGCGGUGGAACGCUUGCUACGCAAUGGGCAAUGCGAUGAAGAAUGGACACCUAUUCACUUGUUUUACUGGAUGGCAACGACAAGUCUUCCCCAGCCUCUGUACUCUAACGCAAGACUGCAAGAACCUGAAGGUUCGCAUUAACGCCGCGGUCGCGUUGAGGGCGCCACUUGCGCGCGCGCACUAUGGCGAACACUUUGCUUCUGUAUGGAGGGGACUCAUGGCGGCCAUGGAGAACGCAGCCAACGUGGACGAUUUUACCGAGUAUAAGCAUAAGGACAACCUUAUUGAACAAGUAAGCAUUUUUAAUCUAAAAAGGGCUUACAUUAAAACAAAAGGAAGAUACGGUACGCUCAUACUAGCAUCAAAUAAAAUAUGAUCCGACUCAACUACAUAAGCAACUGUCACACACGCACACGUCUGUAAAUAACAUUGAAUCGAUAAGCGAGCGAGACAGAACUCAGCUUCCGAGUGCGAACGGCUGAGCUGUAUUGUUGUCGUUUUCUUGAUAGCAAAAUGGCGAUUACGUAAAUAACAUUCACGACAAACCUUGAUUUUUGAGAAAAUAAUAAUUUUAGAGUUUUACGAAUGAGAAGUGUUGCCGAGGCAUUUGAUUUUGAACUAUUUGUGUUCUUUAUAAAAGCAUGGAAGGCAUUGUUUUAUCUUUACAACACAGAAUAUACGCAAUAUUGUAAUAUUGAGUGUAAAUGCAACGUGUUUGAAUGUCCUAUUGUGACUACAGCGAAUUGUUGUGCACCAGAAUUUAAGCGGAUCACUUUUGAGCCGGGAGUACCGUAUCUGCCCUUUUUGUUUUAAUCUAAGAAAAAGGGUUAUAAGGCAUCGGUAGGAGGUGGGAAAAGGUUGUUAUAAAUGCUUGCAAUACAAGAGUCCAUUGCCUACUCUCUUACUAAAGAAGCGCUAUGGAACCUCUCCUUCGCACUUUUCCACUUUCAGUCACUUAUUUUGAGAAUGCUAUGUAGUUAUGCGUGACUCUUGCGCAUAUGUGUUGUAUGUUGACUGCCGCCGAUUUAACGGACAUUUUGGACCCAUUAGUAUUUCACUACGACUGCGCCAAAAGUCUAUUCACACAACUAUGUCACAAAUUGCCGCCUGAGAAUUCCUCGUGCCUGAAGAUCUUGCAGGCGGCCAAAUACGUGACGAUAGAUCUGACAGCUGCCAACGAUACCCAGUCACAAUCUUUAGCCAUGUUACAAAACAUAUUCAUAUGGGAUAUGUAAUUGUUUCUCUACUAUUUUUAUCUUAAAACACUUUUAGCUUUAUUUUGCUUUGUAUAAGGUUCAAAUUCGAUUGAUAAAAUCGAAGACUUUGUGACAAGAUCUUGAAACUUAUUAUUCACAAUGUAUGGAAAACGUUUAUUGACUUGUAUUUUUUGUCUUUGUGACUCAUUAGGGAAUUGAAAAAGACAAAUCAACGCUAUGGUGUUGAUUUUUUGUAAUAAAUGUACGCUUACUGAUAAUUCAAAAUGAUAACAAAAGAUACUGACUAACUGGGUAAUUUAAUUAAGUUAUAAUGUUACUCGAUAUGAAUUUUUAGAGUGUAUCUCUGCCUUAUGAAUAAAGUUUAACAAUUCAAAUAAAUUAACUGCAUAUAUUCCGAAGCCACUAUUUAGAUAAGUUUAUAAAUGAGCUUUAGGAAAAAAUGUUACACAAUAGAAAAUUGAAAAAAAGGAAACAAAUGUAUUAAACAUACGUUGUGGUUAGUGCAUUAUGAUAGAAAUCACAGAUUUUAUCAUAAAUUAAUCACAAAAGAUUAGUUGCCUAAAAACCUGGUAAGAAGAAGUGGUCUCAUUUUAGUUGUGUUUUUGGUGUAAUUAUCAACUAAUCAUCACAUAAUCUUAAUAUUUAUAACAAAACUAGAUUUCUAUAGGAAUGUGUUUGGAUGUAUUCUGUCUACCAUUUCUUUAUUUGCUUUGUUUAUUAAUAUAUAAUUAAUAAAAUAAAAAAAUACAUACAUAUUACAAUGUUGUUAAUAUAGUAGAUCGAUUCGGGCAUGAUUAUUCAAACUUAAAUCUAGAAUGACAAGGAUACACUGUUGUCAAAUUUAAUUUUAGGUUUAAAGAAUAAUGCCAUUAUCGACACCAUUCUUUAGUUUAAGUUAUUAUAACAAAAAUGCAGUGGUUUCCCUUUUAAGUUAAUAACUAUAAUUGUGUACUGUUUUUCCAAAAUUUCUUGAUAACGGUAAGGGCAGGGUAAAUUUGACAGCUCAUUAAUCGCAUCGUCAAAUUUUGUAUGGAAGAAGCCCGUUUGUUCUUACGUACGUUAUGGGCGCUGCGUAGUUUUGCUGCCAAAAUUCGCACUUCGACCUCAGUACCCUUAUACCGGGUUAACACGAGGCGAUUUAAGUUGAUCAACUGCUAAAUCGCAUGCGAUUUGAAACGUCGGAACAGACUUUCAAUCAAAUUGAAGCACUCAAAUUGGAAGAAAAGCAAUUGAACAAUAAAAGUUGGUUGGAAACUAAUUUAAAUCGCCUCGUGUGAACCCGGUAUUAGAACCAAUAUCGAAAAGUGCAAUUCGAUCUUGAUACUCGUCAAAUGUCAAGAAGUUUUGUUUGCGAAGAACAGCGCCUCAACGGACGUAUUGAGAAAAAAGAAAUGAUGUGGUAUCGUGGGACACCAGGUAGGAACGAAGUUCCUUCGGCUAAUGUAGAAUCGACACAAAUUGCAAACUCGCUUGUGUAUGCGACUGUCGCGCCUGCGCACGUCUCAUUUAACGGUUUUAUUCCACGCACUUUUUUCCACGGAUUUUUUCUUACGGUUUUACUAUCACAUUUUUUUCAGUUCGGUCGCGCAGCAAAAUCCCUAUCCCCUCCAAGCCUGCCGUAAGGAACUUCGUCGCGCCUGCGCACGUCUCAUUUAACGGUUUUAUUCCACGCAUUUUUUUCCACGGAUUUUUUCUUACGGUUUUACUAUCACAUUUUUUUCAGUUCGGUCGCGCAGCAAAAUCCCUAUCUCCUCCAAGCAUGCCGUAAGGAACUUUGUUCCAAAAACAAUCUUCCAUUUAUUUAUUUAUUGCAUGUCACAUUACAUUUAAGGUGGUACAUUAAAUAUUAUGCUAGAAAAAUAUGUGACGUCCUGCAAGGGCAUAGCAAAUAUCAUACGCAACUUCUUCAUAUUUGAUGCGUAUUGAGAUUCAACUAUUUAAAUUCGAUAUUGUUAUGUGGUAAGGGUAUGGCCCUAGCCCAUUGAGAUAUGAUAUACUAGCGGCCGCCCGCGACUUCGUCCGCGAUUACCUUACUUUUUGAGAAUCCCUAAGGAACUUGUCAUUUUUUCGGGAUAAAAAGUAUCCUUUGCAUUAGUCCAAGUAAUAAACUAUAUGCGUGCCAAAUUUCAUCUAAAUCCAUUGCGUCAUUGAGAUACAAACGCACAAAUUUUCGCAUUUAUAAUAUUAGGAAGGAUUGCUCGUUUUUAUCACACUCAAUUGUCCAGACACUAUGGAGUUUGACAGUCCCGAUUAAAACGUAUUUUAUGUAAAUUGUGGUGCUCAUGCUACGGUGACAAGGGUAAAACAGGGGGAAUUAGCUAAGAAAACCUCAGCAAAAAGUUCUCAAUAGAACUAAAAAUAUAAUUUAACGCUUCAUGAAAUCAAACGCGGGAUCUUUUCGAUAGCAAUAGAUAACGAAAAGCAUUAAAUUUAAUUGAAGAUCUUCAUUUUAGCCAUUGAAAUAUGAUGUUUAUUUAUAUAAACAUCAGUCAGCACUCGCCAUUUUACGUCUAGACCAUACAAAUAAGUAAUAUGUAUGAUAUGUGCAUACCAGCUUUUUUUCAUGUGAAUAUGAUUCUUAUAAUUCACCAAGCGUGUUUUGUUUGAGCAGUUUAAUAAAAAAACAUCUGUGAUUCUAAAAAGUAGUAAAUAGAAAAUUUAUUUAUUGUAACGUAUUUUAAGUUUUAAUGCAAUAAAGUUAAAUACUU